UCUCAGUAGGUGGUGAUGUGCUCUACAUGCUGCAGCAGAGAAGAAGCAAGGGAACUCGGAACUACUUUGAAUGGAAACUCCCUUUUUCUUCUGUUGCUGUCACACAGUUUGGUGACUUAGAUGAAGUAACUCGGACGUUAGAAAGCGUUCAUAAACGGAGCAAAGAUGCGCGACCGAACCAAAGAAUUGGGAAAUCCUGCAGAUGGCUCAGAUGAAGACGAGGAAGGCACAGCACUCAUGUUCAAACCAGGUACAGGGACCUCCGUAAAGGAGGACAGAGACAAUGAGGGUUUCUUUCGGAAGGUCCAUGAGAUUCGAGAGGGGCUUGAAUCUCUUAAGAAGAAAGUGUCUGAACUGGAAAACAAACAGAAAUCUGUUUUAAGUGAAGCACUUCCGAAGGAAAGUAUGAAAAAGGAACUUCAGACAAUAAGAGAUGAGAUCAAAGUAUUAGCUACCCAAAUCCAGAAGAAGCUGAAGAGUAUUGAACCCAAGAAAAUUGACGAAGAUGGGAAAUAUGUUCCAAUAAACUUAAGAAUGCAAAGAACACAGCAUGCUGUCCUGUCCCGGAAUUUUAUUGAGUCGAUGAGUUACUGUAACACAAUUCAAUCCCAGUACAGGGAUAGAAAUGUGGAGAGGAUACAAAGGCAACUCAAAAUCACUGGCAAUAAUGUGACUGAUGAACAGCUGGAGGCAAUGCUUGAGAGUGGACAGACAGAUGUGUUCACACAAAAUAUCUUAACAGAUGCCCAAGCCACCCGGCAGGCACUAAAUGAGAUUGAGUCACGGCAUGAUGAGAUUCUUAAACUGGAGAAAAGCAUCAGAGAUCUUCAUGACAUGUUUCAGUAUCUUGCCAUGGAAGUGGAGGCACAAGGGGAAAUGGUUAAUCGUAUAGAGAACAACAUAAUUAACUCUUCUAACUAUGUAGAGAAGGCUGUCGAAGACACAGGGGCAGCUGUUGUCUCUCGAAAGAAGGCCAGAAAGAAAAAAAUUUGGAUUGCAUUGUGCAUUGCAAUUUUAGUUUUGAUAAUAGCCAUUGCCCUGGCUGUUAGUUUCAGCUGAGCUGAGUCCAGUACUAUUAACGCAGUGUUCUCUUUCUGCUGGUCUCCUCUGCUUUGCAUUUUAAACAAAUUGUGUUGAUGACAUAAUCCUGUUUUUCAGUAACAUCAUCAUACAUCCACAGUCUCUUCAGCUCUUCCAAGUUCAUGAUUAAUGGCCUUUU